ACCCAACGCUAUUGCGAAAGUGCGAAGCUUUUUCCAUGCUUAAGCUCUGCAACCUCCUAUUUCUUUUUCGUGAAGUUUUGCCCAAAUAAUCAUCUGAAAACUGCGAAUUGUCAGCAGGAAUUCCCAACUCAUCCUUCGAUCCGCCAUCCAAUUCGCGCCACACUUCAUAUCAAGUCGACUAGGAGCUUGGAACAGCGAUCAUGGCUCUCAAUCUCCGUCAGAAGCAAACAGAAUGCAUAAUCAGGAUGUUGAAUCUGAACCAGCCCGUGAAUUCCACGGGCACCGCCAACGAAGAAGUGUACAAGAUAUUGAUCUACGACAAGUUCUGUCAAAACAUUCUCUCCCCAUUGAUCCACGUCAAGGAUCUGCGCAAGCACGGGGUGACACUUUACUUCCUCAUCGACAAGGAUCGAAAGCCGGUCCAUGAUGUACCAGCCGUGUAUUUCGUCCAGCCGAGUCAACCCAACAUCCACCGUAUCAUCACCGACGCCUCUCGUGGCCUCUAUGACAGCCUGCACUUGAACUUCUCGUCCUCCAUCCCCAGACCACUCCUGGAGGAUCUCGCCUCGGGAACCCUAGGCUCGGAUUCGAUAAACAGAAUUGCAAAGGUUCAUGAUCAGUACUUAGAGUUUGUGACAUUGGAGGACACCUUGUUCUCUUUAGCACAGAAGGCUAGUUAUGUCCAGUUGAAUGAUCCUUCAGCUGGGGAUAAGGAGAUUGAGGAGAUCGUGGAGAAGAUUGUGAGUGGCUUGUUCUGUGUGCUGGCCACCCUAGCUGUUGUUCCGGUGAUUAGAUGCCCACGUGGAGGGCCGGCUGAGAUGGUAGCUUCAGCUUUGGAUCAGAAGCUGAGGGAUCACUUGUUGGCUAAGAAUAACUUGUUCUCUGAGGGUGGCAACUUCAUGAGCUCGUUUCAAAGGCCAAUUCUGUGCUUGUUCGAUAGGAAUUUCGAGCUGGCGGUUGGGAUUCAACACGAUUUCAGGUACUGUCCACUUGUUCAUGAUGUGCUGGGGCUAAAGCUCAACAGGCUGACUGUGCAAGGAGAGAAAGGCGGGAUGAGAUCAUAUGAAUUGGAUAGUUCAGAUCCAUUCUGGCUUACAAAUGGAUCUAUCGAGUUUCCUGGAGUCGCAAUGGAAAUUGAGAGUCAGUUGAACAAGUACAAGAAAGAUGUUGACGAGGUGAAUCGAAGGACAGGUGGUGCUGAUGGACAGUCGGAGUUUGAAGGAACAGACUUGAUUGGAAACACAAAGCAUUUGAUGAAUGCAGUCAAUUCGCUGCCUGAGUUGACUGAACGAAAGCAGGUGAUUGAUAAGCACACCAACAUUGCAACCGUUUUGCUAGGCGAGAUCAAAGAGAGGUCUUUGGAUUCCUAUGCUAAAAUGGAGAACGACAUGAUGAUCAGAGGAGGCAUUGAUAGAAGCGAACUAAUGUCGGUUCUCAAAGGGAAAGGAAGUAAGAUGGACAAGCUGAGGUUUGCAAUCAUCUACCUCAUAUCUUCAGAGACCAUCAACCCACAAGAGGUGGAGCUGGUCGAAUCGGCUCUCAAGGAGUCAGAAGUCGACCCUUGUGCAUUCCAGUAUGUGAAGAAGAUCAAGUCUUUGAACGUCCAGCUUGCUUCAGCAAAUUCUGCAAGCAGAAGUAACAUUGUGGAUUGGGCCGAGAAGCUGUACGGUCAGUCAUUGAGUGCUGUCACUGCUGGUGUGAAGAACUUGCUGUCGAGCGACAGACAACUGGCGUUGACUAGGACCGUGGAAGCCUUGAUGGAAGGGAAACCGAAUCCUGAGAUUGACAACUAUCUCGUGUUAGAUCCGAGGGCCCCCAAGUCCAGCUCUGGGGGAGGGGGUUUGAAAGGCCCGUUUAAGGAAGCGAUUGUGUUCAUGGUUGGUGGUGGGAAUUAUGUGGAGUAUGGAGGGUUGCAGGAGCUUGCUCAAAGGCAGCAGCCUGUGAAGCAUAUUGUUUAUGGGACGACGGAGAUUCUGACUGGUGCGGAGUUCGUCGAUCAGUUGACUCUUUUGGGGCAAAAGAUGGGGUUGGGGGUUAGUAGUGCUAAUCCACCUGCACCUGCUCAGUAGAAUCCCAUAUGUUCUUUGUAUAUGCAUAUGCAUUUGGAAGAUGAGGCAGCCGAUUUUCUGGCUUGGGAAACUUGAAAGAUCUGCUGCUCAGCAGCCAUUGUUACUCUCCGGUAUGACAUAGAUCCCUCUGUAUGACUCAAUGUUUUUUUUCUUUUUUGUUCAUUUGAAUCAGAUGAGAUUAGCUUGAGUUGGAUUUUGGGAUUUGCACACAAUCUAUCGACAGUGGACUAUAUUUUUGUAGGUAAUAUCUGUUCAUGAUAAAUUCUGGUCAAGUCUUCAUUGGAGAAUGGUUUCACUCUUUCCUCUGUGAUUUUAGAUCAUGUAAUCACUACUGUUAGUUACUGCUGAUACACGGGUGUUGACACUGGGACUGUCAUUUUGUCAUUAGAUUUAGAGUAAUUUUGUGCACCUCAGUGUUCUAUGUUUGUUUAACAGUGCAAUAGAUAUUCUAUACUGGAUUCUUAUCUGCAGUAUAUACUUCAAACCAGUCAGCGUUCUU